GCGACGAGGUUCGUGCCGGAGGGAUAUACCAUCAACAUUGCACCCCCGAUUGCACCCCCGUACAAUCUCGAGCUCUCCCUUUUCGCCGUAUUCGCCUAUCAGAGGCCCGAUUCGAUCGAUCUCGCGCGAUCGAGAGAGAACGAAGGUAAGGAACGCGCUCUUCCGCGCGAAAUAACUCGCGAUGAGGACGGAUUCGGGCCGUCUCGAAAAAUCAGAAGUCCGUUGCUAAUCGCGUCCCUUUACCGUCGUUUCCCACGAGAGCACCCUUGUCUUAAAAUGCGCGAGCUGUCGCGAGCAGAGCGACGUGGCGGGUGAUUCGCGCGAUCCGCCUGAGAGAAGAGAUAUCUGGCCGCGUCUUGGAAAUCAUCGUCUCGACCGAUCGCUCGUCUAACGAUAAGUUAGAAGGAAAGGGAUUUCCGGCGGGAGAUUUCGAAAGAGUCUCUGUAAAAUACGGCGCGGGGGGAGGGGCUCGAGGAGAGGAAAGACAAGGGACGACGAAACGGGCAUGGGUCUGACGGAUACCAGUUUCGAGCUACUCUUGACCCUGUGGCGAGUCUUCGUCGUGGGAGUCCUGCCGUGGACCGAGGAGCCGCGCGGUCAGUGUCGCGGUGUCUCGCCGAGCUGCAACAUUUACGGCGACACCGUCGCCCGUUAAUCGUCCUCGGCGUGAUACUCGAUACCCAAAGGAUGUCGUCGACGGUGGUGAAAAAUGUCGCGAAGGGCGGCGGCGGUGGCGGCAGCGACGGCGGCAGCGGCGACGGCAGGGAGACCUGGUCGGGGAAGCUCGAUUUCUUGCUCUCGGUUAUCGGUUUCGCCGUCGAUCUCGCUAAUGUAUGGCGAUUCCCGUACCUUUGCUACAAGAACGGUGGUGGCGCAUUUUUGGUCCCCUAUUGCAUAAUGCUAGUGGUCGGCGGUAUUCCUCUGUUUUAUAUGGAGCUUGCACUCGGUCAGUUCAACAGAAAGGGUGCUAUCACGUGCUGGGGUCGACUUGUGCCGCUCUUCAAAGGUAUCGGAUACGCGGUCGUCCUGAUCGCGUUUUACGUUGAUUUCUACUACAAUGUUAUCAUUGCCUGGUCGCUCCGCUAUUUCUUCGCCUCGUUCUCCACAAUGUUACCGUGGACCACGUGUAACAAUCCUUGGAAUACGCCGCUUUGCCGCGAAUUCGAUGCAAACGUCUCGUAUGCUUUCGACGAUGUAGCCAACGAGGUAAAUGGGAAUAUUGGAAAUGUUACCCGAUUCUUGAUCGAUCAAAAAUCGGAGGCUGCUUCAGCGGAUAAUCAUACGAGCGCUGCACAUGAAUAUUUCAACCGCGCUAUCUUGGAGCUGCACGAAAGCGAAGGUUUACAUGAUCUCGGAGCUAUUAGGUGGGACAUCGCGCUAUGCUUGCUUGUAGUCUAUCUGAUCUGCUAUUUUUCUCUGUGGAAAGGCAUCUCGACUUCCGGCAAGGUAGUCUGGUUCACCGCUCUCUUCCCUUACGCAGUUUUGCUGAUUUUGCUGAUAAGGGGUGUCACUCUGCCAGGUAGUACUGAAGGGAUCCGUUAUUAUCUUAGUCCAAAUUUCGCCGCAAUCACGAAAGCAGAGGUGUGGGUGGACGCCGCGACGCAGGUAUUUUUCUCUCUAGGACCAGGAUUCGGAGUAUUGCUGGCCUACGCGAGUUACAACAAAUAUCACAACAAUGUUUACAAAGACGCCCUAUUGACGAGCCUAAUUAACAGCGCGACAUCCUUUGUCGCCGGAUUCGUUAUAUUCUCGGUGCUCGGUUACAUGGCCCAUGCCAGCGGAAAAUCCAUUCAGGAUGUCGCUACAGAAGGACCAGGUUUGGUCUUCAUCGUCUAUCCGGCAGCCAUCGCUACCAUGCCCGGUUCGAUGUUUUGGGCGCUCAUCUUCUUCAUGAUGUUACUCACACUCGGUUUGGACAGCUCGUUCGGAGGUUCGGAGGCGAUUAUAACAGCACUCAGCGACGAGUUUCCGCUAAUUGGCAACAAUCGUGAGAUUUUCGUGGCAUGCUUGUUCACUCUAUACUUUCUAGUCGGACUUGCCUCUUGUUCGCAGGGUGGAUUUUACUUUUUCCACUUGUUGGAUCGAUACGCGGCCGGAUACUCAAUGCUGUUCGCCGUUCUGGCAGAAACCAUCGCGGUCAGUUGGAUCUACGGAACUGAUCGAUUUUGCGCCGACAUUAAAGACAUGAUCAGUUUCAGGCCUGGCAUCUACUGGCGCGUAUGCUGGAAAUUUGUAGCACCGCUCUUCCUGAUGUUUAUUAUCGUCUAUGGUCUCAUGGGCUACGAACCAUUAUCGUAUGAAGGUUACAUUUAUCCAGUUUGGGCAAAUGUAUUGGGUUGGCUGAUCGCGUCUUCUUCUAUCGUCAUGAUUCCAGGUAUGGCGAUCUACAAAAUCAUCACCACACCUGGAUCUUUUGUUCAAAGGUUAAAGAUCCUGACGACACCGUGGCGGGACACGCAGCAUCAGAGGAAUGAUUUGUCCUCGGUGGCGAACGGCGCUAUUCGUCGAAGUUUCUUGGCCGAGCAAGACUUCGAAAUUACCAAGAAUCACGAAUUAACCAAGGAACAGACGGAGGUAAUGAUUCAAUCUCGAGAGGGUGUCAAGGGGAAUGAUCCGCCCCCCGAAGCAGUCUAGGACAGUGCGGUUGUGAUUUUGCACGGUGCCCGGUUCCAAGUAUACCUCUGCUAAAGGACGAUCACCGAGCAAGGUCCUCUGACGACGAGAAUGACAAUUCAAACAAAGACAAGGAUCAAUCUUUUACACAUGGAUUAAACACGGAUUAAUGCGUCUCGCUUAAAUUUUCGAAUACCGGCUUGAUUUUGACGAUAAAAUACCCUCUUUGAGUCAUCGCAAUUGGACUAUUCGCGCGUUUCGGAUUCCGCUUUAUUCCUGAAUGAGAACAGAGCAGAACCCCAUUUCGCGUAUUUUAUUGUGAUGAAAAGUGUCGUGUAGAUAUAGAAUGUAUAAAUCGAGAAGAUCUAUAGGAAAGAGAAUGAAUCGCAACGCAAUACACGUAAUCGUCAGUCUCACUUUCCCUGGAUGGGAUUCCUGGCGAUAACCCUCUAUCCCCUGUAAAUAUAAUCACGCGCAAUAUGACGAAACGCAUUAGAUUGAAGCUCUGAGAGAGAUGUCUAGCGAACAAAGCAAUUGAUGUGUAUGCGUUUCUUCUAACGAACGGUGUUUUUCAAGCUAUUGACAAGCUGGAAUUGCACUAUCUUCCCACCUUACCUAUAACCUAAUAUCUCGGACGACAGCUUUAAAUUUAGAAAAACUGUUUACUAUUUAUCUAGUUUAAUAUAGUUUAAUCAUCCACGCGUUGGUUAGUGAUGCGACAACUAACAGACUCGCUUUGAGAAAACUAACGAGAACUUCAGCUCCUUUCCCAUCUACGGAUUCCUACCCAGAUAGCAAGAUGACGUUUAAAGACGUCUUAAUAAUGUACUAUGAUGUCAUUAAAACGUUAUUAAGAUAUCAUUUGACGUCAUUCUGUUACUUGGGUUGUUUCGCAGUAUCGCGAAUAAAAAUGAACUUUGUUGUUUAAUAAAACCGUUUAUUUUUUGGAUCGAUGCGAAUUAUGUAAUCGUAUAAAAUAUUCACUUCGUAUAUAAAGAUGUUACAUAGAACAGAAAUUAUACGUUAUAAUGCUAAGAUAUAUAUUUUAAGAGGAAGAGCGAUUACACGACCUUGAUUAAUCGAACGUGAUUAAUGUGAUUCUCUUCUUGGACCGUAUCUCUCGCUAUCUAUAAAACGGAAAGGGAAAGGAAUCGAGUUAUAUAAUCACGUCAUUAACAUUAAUCGUUAUCGUCGGUGCUUUAGCGAGUUAGAAGAAUUAUAUUUCCGUUUGACCAAUCAAACGCUCGUCGCUCAGGCUUCGUAAGCCUGGGCGGUAAAUGCUGUGUGGACUAUACGCAAAUUAUAAUCACCGGUAAGAUGUUAAUUAAUUUAUUAAGUCUUACAUAGCCGGUGUAAAUUACGCUUCGUCGAUAUUCCGCGCAGUCCUGUAUUAAAUAAUACGAUAGAACCACUCAUUUUUUUUUUUACAUAACUACUAUUUUCCAUCAUGUUUAGAUUUGCUGCAUUUUUCUAGUCAUGAUAAUCAUACACACACACAUGUAUACUACCUGAUUAUGACACUUUCCCUAAUGACUAGAAUAUUAUGCUAAACAUUUUAACAUUAUCACGACUCUAUAUAUUAAUAAUUCAUUCUCUUAUGUUAAAUCGUUUAAAUAAUUGAUUCCAUAUGAUGCGUUUAUUCGUCGAAUUUCUAAUACAUGCUAAAUUUCUCAUUACAUUGUGAUAUCGUCUAAUAUCUGUUUCAAUCGUAAUUCAGCAUUAACAUUAGUAAUAUCGUCGUAUUUUACGCGCACUUAAAAUUAAAUGCGGGCUAAUUCUCUCUAUUUUGGACGUUGAUCCCAGAGAUUGCAGUGCGAUUAAAGUCACAACUAUAUUCGUGCUUUGUAUACGUUUAAACCUUUGUAAUUUAAAUUAAUUUCGACAAAUCUGUAUUAUAUAUAUUCUGUUUUAACAUCUCAAUCAAGCCUCUGAUUGUUAAAAAUUUUAUACAAUU